UGAUCAAAGAUGUCAAAAAUCUACAUUCACUUUUUUUUAUCAGUGACAGUGAUGUUCAUGAUUUUACUGAAGUAUUUACUGAAAUUUUUAAGGCAUCAAGAAGCAUCCGUUUGUUGUUCAUAGACUCUCGAUGUCAGAAAAAGAUGUCUGAGGCUAUUAAAAAGUUGAGGCAUCUUCGAUAUUUGAAGCUUACUGUAGAUCUCACUCGGUUGCCAAGAUCUCUAAGCAGCCUUUAUCAUUUGCAGUUCAUAAUCUAUUCAAAUGCGAUUGGGAGAUCUUGCUCUGAUGAUUUCUUGCCCGGUGAUGUGAGUAAUCUUUCUAAUCUGCGUCACUUGGAAUUGCCCCGGAAUGUAUUUUCAAGUGUACGUGGAAUUGGGAAAUUAAGGUUACUUCAAGAACUAAAUGCGUUUAAUGUCAAGAAUGAGAAUGGUUAUAGAAUUGGGGAGUUGGAACAUAUGAGCGAGUUGCGCAAAUUAAAAAUACAUUUUCUGGAAAAUGUGAUGGAUGCUAGAGAGGCUCACAAUGCAAAAUUAUUUGAGAAGAGAAAACUCACUGAUUUAUUCUUGAAUUGGAGCAAAACUGUUAAUGAAUGGCUAUUAGACAGGGGAGUUGGAAGGCUACGGAACAUUGUCAAUUCUGACUUAGAUGUGAAUGUGCUUGAAAAUCUUGAACCAGACAAAAAUUUGAAAAGAUUGUCCAUAGUUUCAUAUAAGGGUGCAUGCUCUGCAAAAUGGAUGGACAAUGCCGAUUUGAUCUCCAAUCUAGAGUACAUCCGUCUGGAAACGUGUUCGGAGUGGGAAACUCUUCCAUCUUUUGGGCAGCUUCCCCACCUCAAGUCACUGUAUCUUUGGAACAUGCCAAAAGCAAAGCGGCUUGAUUAUAAAUUCCAUGGAAAUGACAAGGUUUCUGUGUUUCCAUCAUUGGAGGUGCUAAGUAUGAAGGGAUUACAGGUAUUGGAAGAUUGGUUUGAUGGAGCAGGAGCAGGAGCAGGAGCAGCAGCAUAUGACUGUUUCUUUCCCUGCUUAACUGAACUCUUCCUCGAUAACUGCCCAAAUCUGCAGGAGUUGCCCUAUUUGCCUCCUAAGCUCAAGAACAUGCAUAUAGAAAGAGUUGGAUGGAAAGCUCCUUUGAACUGCAAGCAAGGCUCCAACAACUGUGGCGGCAUUUCAAAGUCCAUUCCCCUGGAAAGAUUAGAGGUCCAUUCGUGUUCAAACAUCACAUAUCUUCUUCAAGCGGAUGCAAGACUUGAAGCACUGAGAAAAUUGAGAAUUGGAGGUUGCCCCAAUCUGAUUUCUCUCGGUGGACUGCUACAAGUGGAGAGUGGCAUUGAGAAAUCCCUUCGUGAGUUGACCUUUAGAGGCCUCGAAUCCCUGCAGUUUCUCCUUCCCUCCAUGGAACGCCUCGCUUCACUUAAGAUUCUACGUGUAGGAAGAGUUCCUCAACUCCAGCAGCUUCUACACAUCCCCGCCUCCCUGGAAGAAAUACAUCUUGAAGACCUGGAAUCAUUGCAGUGCCUGCCAACGUCUUUGUCGGCCAUCUCAUCACUCAAGGAACUACGGUUAGAUAGCAUUCCACUCCUCAAAUCAUUGCCAGACCUCCCUUCCUCCUUGUGUUCACUGUCUCUAGGUAGUCUGGAUAACCUACAGUGCCUGCCAUCUUCUUUGUCGGCCAUCUCAUCCCUCGUGCUUCUAGAUUUAGAUAGCAUUCCACUCCUCAAAUCAUUGCCAGACCUCCCUUCCUCCUUGUGUUCACUGUCUCUAGGUAGUCUGGAUAACCUACAGUGCCUGCCAUCUUCUUUGUCGGCCAUCUCAUCCCUCGUGCUUCUAGAUUUAGAUAGCAUUCCACUCCUCAAAUCAUUGCCAGACCUCCCUUCCUCCUUGGAUUCACUAACUCUAUAUAAGCUUGAUAACCUAGAGUGCCUGCCAUCUUCUUUGUCGGCCAUCUCAUCCCUCACCCAUCUAGAAUUUAAUAGCAUUCCACUCCUGAAAUCAUUGCCAGAACUCCCUCCCUCCUUGAAUUCAUUGUCUCUAAGUGGUCUUGAUAACCUACAGUGUCUUCCAUCUUCUUUGUCGGCCAUCUCAUCCCUCAAACGUCUAAGUUUAGACAGCAUUCCAGUCCUCAAAUCAUUGCCAGAACUCCCUCCUUCCUUGAAUUCACAGACUCUAUGUAAGCUUGAAAACCUACAGUGCCUGCCAUCUUCUUUGUCAGCCAUCUCAUACCUCAACCGUCUAGAAUUAACAAACCUUCCACUCCUCAAAUCAUUGCCAGAGCUCCCUUCCUCCAUGACUUCAUUGAUUCUACAGAGUCUUGAUAGCCUACAAUGCCUGCCAUCUUCUUUGUCAGUCAUCUCAUCCCUCCAGAAUCUAGAAUUAAGAAGCAUUCCACUCCUCAAAUCAUUGCCAUACCUCCCUCCCUCCUUGUGUUCAUUGGCUAUAUCAAAUUGUCAUCCAAAGUUGAUGAAGCGUUAUAAAAAACUUUCGGGCUCUGAUUGGCACAAGAUCGCACACAUUCCCGAGGUCAAAGGAGUAAGCAUCGAGAGGCUGUGUGGGAUAAAUCGAGCCAAACCGAAGGAGGAGGCUGCGUCAAGUGCGAGCAAGGGAGGAAGAAGUUCUCGAGCCCUAGCAUUCGAGGAGGAAGAACUUAAGCCUUAGCAGAGGAAGAUCAGGCUCGUGUGUGCGGGAAGGAGCCAGACCUCACGUGCAGAGGAAGAGGAGGAAGAAGAGGUCACCUAUGCAUGUUAGGGCUUUUGAUCGAGAUAUUAAAGAGGCAAUUCGUUUCUUCCUCUGCGUUCGGCUCCCUCCUGCAUGAGAUGUCGACGCCUCCUUCCUCCUUCGUAUGGCAACAGCGCAUGUGUUAGUGCAAGGGAGAGCAUUUUCUUCCACUGCACGCAGUAACCAGCUCGCGUCUUCUUCCUUCAAUUGCCUCGG